CCCGACGUGAGGGAGAAGAGCCAGGCGAUCCUCAGCGGGGUGCAGGAACUUGGAAUAAGAAUUCCUAGACCACUGGGACACGGACCAAGCAGAUUCAUCCCCGAGAAGGAGACGGUUCGGGUGGGACACGAGGACGCCGUGAUGCACACGCUGUUUGCAGAGUCCUUUGCUACCCUGGGCAGACUGGACAAUGUCACCCUGGUGAUGGUUUUCCACCCGCAGUAUCUGGAAAGCUUUCUGAAGACUCAGCACUAUCUCCUGCAAAUGGAUGGUCCUCUGCCCCUUCAUUACCGACACUACAUCGGGAUCAUGGCUGCAGCACGACACCAGUGCUCCUACCUUGUCAACCUCCAUGUGAAUGAUUUCCUCCAUGUUGGUGGAGACCCCAAAUGGUUGAAUGGUCUGGAAAAUGCACCUCAAAAACUGCAAAAUCUAGGAGAACUGAACAAAAUACUGGCUCACAGACCCUGGCUUAUCACCAAGGAACAUAUUGAGCAACUUCUGAAGACUGAAGAGAACAGCUGGUCCCUGGCAGAGCUGAUCCAUGCAGUUGUUCUCCUCACACACUACCACUCCCUGGCUUCCUUCACCUUUGGUUGUGGAAUCAGCCCAGAGAUUGACUGUGAAGGGGGUCACACCUUCAGGCCCCCCUCUGUCAGCAACUAUUGCAUAUGUGAUAUUACAAAUGGUUACCAUGGGGUGGAUGAAAUUCAUGCCAGCCCAACUGGAAGUAUUCCAUCUACAGAGUCUGUCUGUGAAGUUGAAGCUCUAAUGGAGAAAAUGAAGCAGCUACAGGAGUGCAGAGAUGAAGAGGAAGCCAGCCAGGAGGAGAUGGCCACACGUUUUGAAAGAGAGAAGAGGGAAAGCAUGUUCGUGUGCUCCUCAGAAGAUGAAGAGUCAGCCCCGGCGAGGGACGUGUCCCGGCACUUUGAGGACACCAGCUAUGGUUACAAAGACUUCUCCAGACACGGGAUGCACGUGCCCACCUUCCGUGUUCAGGAUUAUUCCUGGGAAGACCAUGGCUACUCCUUGGUGAAUCGACUUUACCCAGAUGUAGGACAACUCCUUGAUGAGAAGUUUCAUAUUGCUUAUAAUCUGACCUACAACACCAUGGCCAUGCACAAAGAUGUGGAUACCUCAAUGCUAAGACGAGCUAUUUGGAAUUAUAUUCACUGUAUGUUUGGAAUAAGAUAUGAUGAUUAUGACUAUGGUGAAAUUAACCAGUUGUUGGACCGCAGCUUUAAAGUUUAUAUCAAGACUGUGGUUUGCACUCCUGAAAAGACCACAAAAAGAAUGUAUGAUGGCUUCUGGAGGCAGUUUGAACACUCUGAGAAGGUCCAUGUAAAUUUGCUUCUGGUAGAAGCUCGGAUGCAAGCCGAACUACUUUAUGCUCUGAGAGCUAUUACUCGCUACAUGACCUGA